UAAAAACCAUCGAAGAAGAAAACGCCGGAAGUGAGCCUCUAAACAAAUGACCAAACAAAGGUGAAGUAGAACUUAUUUUUUUGUCUGGACUCAUUAAACAAUCAAUUUCAUCACAAUGUUGAAACAGCUGGUAAGGGAGCGACUCAUUGUGGCCGCUGACGAAAUCUUCCAGCUGUUUGAAGGAACGAUAGCGUUGUACAAGGAGCAAGUUUGUAGAGCGAAAGAGGAGAGCGAGCGACACCGACGAGAAUUGGAAGCUGUUCGCAAGACUCAAAUUGACAGACGCAUCGAAGAUGUUCAGCGGUUGAUGAGUAAGCAUGAAAAACCUCAGCAGCAGGGGGACUACGCUAGUUUGGAGCAAGACGUUACUCUGCUCCCCCAAAAUGUAAAGGAAGAAGAUACACAGCAACCCCACAUUCAAGAGGAAGCAGAAGAUCCACAGCACUCCUAUUUUACAGUGGAUAAUCCACAGUCACCCAACAUGAUAGAGGAAGAUGAUCCCGAGCCCUCCUACAUUAAGGAAGAAGAGGCAGAGGCUGACGUUAGCAAGUUUCCACUGCUUAGUGUUUGUGUGAAGAGUGAAAACAAUGCAAACGAACCCUCCGAGUGGUUACAGCUUCUUCAACACAGUCCAAGUGGAGAGAACUGUGGAGGACCACCACCAGACAACCUUUUACCGCCGUUGACAGACAGCUAUGACAUGGAAGAACCUUUGAGGAACAACACAGACUGUGAUGGUGAUGACCAUGGGUUAGAGACAUCUCUUGACAAAAACCCUUUUCAAACUGUUAAGAGAUAUCACGCACAUAAAAAAGGUUUCAGCUGCUCAAUUUGUGGUAAAAUAUUAGCUUACAAAGGAAAUUUGAUCGGCCACAUGAGAACACACACAGAGGAAAAACCUUUUAGUUGCUCAACUUGCGGUCAAACUUUUUCUCAAAGAAAAAGUGUAAUAUUACAUAUGAGAAGACAUACAGGAGAAAAACCUUUUAGUUGUUCAACUUGCAGUAAAACAUUCUCCCGAAAGGAAAGCCUGAAAUCCCACAUGAGGACACACACUGGAGAAAAACCCUUUACUUGCUCAUUCUGCGGCAAUACAUUCUCUCAAAAAGAAAAUAUGAUUAAACAUAUGAGAAAACACACGGGAGAAAAACCCUUUAGUUGCUCAACUUGUGGUAAAACAUUCUCCCGAAAGGAAACCCUAAAAUUACACACGAGAACGCACACAGGAGAAAACCCGUUUAAUUGUUCAACUUGUGGUAAAACAUUCUCUCGAAAGGACCAUGUGAAAUCACAUAUGAAAACACACACACAAGACAAAACAUCUUGUUGCUUUGUUUGUGGUCAAAAAUUCUCUCAAAAGAACGAUUUGAUAUUACACGUGAGGACACACAAAGGAGAAUAGCCUCAAGUUUGCCAAAAUAACAUUCUAGGCACUUUAAAUAAAAGUUGUUGUUCCUCUCCUUGCAUGUGUGUUUUAACUCCGGUUUCUCCCUUAUCCCAAAAAACAUGCACGUUAGGUAGAUUGGACACACCAAAUUAUCCGCCUGUGCGAUUGUGAGUGUGAUAGCUUGUUUGUCUAUAUGUGCCCUACAAGUUGGCAACCUGGUCAGAGUAAACCUCACCUCCGUCCUGCCAAUAGUUAGCUGGGAUAGGCUCCAGAGGUGGGUAGAGUAGCCAAAAAUUGUACUCAAGUAAGAGUAGCGUUACUUCAAAAUAAUUUUACUCAAGUAAAAGUAGUCAUCCAAAAAAUGUACUCAAGUACAAGUAAAAAAGUAUUUGUUGAAAAGAAUACUCAAGGAAUGAGUAACAUUGUGAUUAACUACUUACAAAUUUUUUUUUUUUUUCACAGCGUAAAAGUUAUUUCUAUGAACUGUUGCUACAAUGAUACUGUGCAAUAACCAAUUACAUAACCACAUGAAGCCAAAGGAAAAAAAAAUAAUUGAUUUCCGUCAAGAGAGAAAAAUGACAGAAAUGAAGCAAUAUUCGUCCAUAGAGCAUGAGUGCCCUCUAGUGGAGAAAAUAGUUCCUAGUUUGAAUAGUGAAUAGUUCCUUCAUAGUUAGUAUUACGAAAUUAAAAGGAUCACGUCUCUGGUUUUCCAUGGUCAAUCGGUGCCAAGUCAUGUAGAGGGCAGCGCUCUGUCAAAUACAAUGGUACCUUGACAUACGAUCGCUUCGACACACGAUCUUUUCGACAUCCGACAUAAAAUUUGACUCGACAUUUGUUUCUACAUCCAACAACAUACUCUAAAUACGACGAUCUAUGACAGCACUGCAGUUUCUUUGUUUUACCGCAACACGGAUGCACGGCAGAUUUUGUUGUGAGAGAAAUCAACAUGGGUUCCAACAAUGUUAGUGCAGGUGGUGAAAAAAAGGGAAAAAAGUGAUGCUUACCGUUAUCAUUGACUUGAAGAUAGAUAUGAUAGCAAAAUAUGAGCGUGGGGUGCGCAUCCGUGAUAUGGCUCGCUCAACAAUACAGCCGUAGACGGUCUAUGACGGUCCUCCUCCGUUCGCCAGUCUUUAUAAGUUAAGGUGGCAAUUAUUGUGGUAACAUCGCCAGCUUCCUCAGGUUUCUAAUAAUUUAUUCCAUCAACUUGAGCAACACAACACACCUAGUGUCCCCUGCAGCAAGUAAAGAAAGUGAAACUAAAAAGGCCUCAUUCUGUCAAGUCAGCCAAGCGAUGCGUUCAGGUAACCACGCAAACACAUUCGCCACAUUGGAACCCGGUUUGUUACAUAAUUACAGAUAUUAUUAUUAUUAUUAUUGUGAUAUUAUUAUUCUGAUUUGUAUUCAUUUAUUUAUUUAUUUAUUUAUUUUUCUCUUUUAAUUGAUAUUUGCAAUAGUAACGGCAGUAUUUCCUAGGGAUUUAGUGUAGGUUUUCGGGCAGUGGAACCAAUUAAUGGAAUUAUAAUGUAUUCUUAUGGGGAAAUCCUGCUCCACAUACGGCCAUUUCGAUUUACAAUGUCCUGGAACGAAUUAACUUCGUUUGUAGAGGUACCACUGUACUUCACUUUUUACAGUGCUUUAAAGACGCCACGUGAUUGAACAGGCUGGUGUGAUCAUAGAACAGCAAGCUUGUGUCUGAUUGGUAUUGGUGUUGGGUAAUGGAGUCACGUGAUUAUUGUUGCGAUGUCUCAUUGGUGAAAUCGGUAGAGCUACUUUUGGCAUCGCUGGCAAAAAAUAAAUCUAAUAUGAAGAAUAAGUAGGAAAAAUGUAACGACUCUUGUGUAGCCCAAAGUGGCGGAGUAAGAGUACUGUUUUUUCUUCACAAAUCUACUCACGUAAAAGUAAAAAGUAUGGCUUUGUAAAACAACUCUUAGAAGUAUAUUUUACUAAAAAGUUACGUGUUACUACCCACCUCUAAUAGGCUAGAGACCCUCUGGCACAAAAAGAUGAAUGAAUGCCUGAGUGUUGAAGGUGCAAAUCCAUGUAGAGCUGAGGAAUGUUUCUGAAGAGAGUAAAUGGAUUAAAAAAAAAUAAAUGCAUGUCUGCAGGAAGCCCUGUGUAUUAUUUCAGAUUUGGUAUUGAUGUUGUCAUUCAUCAGCUUUGAUAUUAACUUAUUGACUUUAUAAUGGUGGACACUAGGACCAUAAUGCCUCACCCAGGAAGUGGAGGCAGAUUUGAGUGACCGUUGACUUUCAUGUAUAUCGCUUUUUAAUUUAUUCUCUUAUGUUGUUAGUCUAGAAGUAAAGAU